GAGCAGCAAAUUCAAACAGAAUUUUAUAAUCUAACUGCUACUCCUGAACGUUCAUUUAUUAUGUUUUAUGCUAAAGAUGGAUCAACGAUGUUGGAUAAGAAAAAAAUGGAUGAAGUGUUUCGCAUUGAUAGCAUUCUUCGUCCAAAGGUUGAAGUAAACGAUAGUUAUUCAAUCAGAAUCUGCCAUCCACUUUGCGAAUUGAACACACCUCUAUUAAUAUUCUGGAAGUAUUAUCAAGACAAAAAUAUAACAAAUCUAGAGCGCAACCAUAUAGUUCUUGACUUUCCAAUGACAAAAAUGUACGACCAUGAUGUUUUCGUUGGUCUGAAUAUGUUUGGAGUGAACAAAACUAUCGACCCGGUUACUAAUCGUUCAGUGAUUACCCACGUCGGCACUAUUGUCCUGUGGUAUUUUUGGCAUACAGAUAACCCAGCUUUCAAAGAAGAUCUGAGAAAAACUGCGAUGGAACUUUUUGCACUAAGUAAAGCAAAAAAUUUAUCCACACUUGUUGAUUUUGACAUCUUCAGUGACGGAAUCGCCAAUGCCGAAAUGAUGAGAGGUGCUUACGAAGCAACGAAACUUAUGUGUAUUGGAUUUUUCCUCUUGUUGGUUUUCGUAUUUACUGUUGUCUGGCAUAAAGUCGAACGUCGCGCUCUGCCAGUGAUAGUUUUCACCACUGUUCUCUCACCGUUUCUAGCUGCCGCAACAGCAUUCGGAAUAGUUUCAUGGCUUCAGUUUCCAAUAUACAGCAUUAUGUGCGUAACACCGUUCUUAAUAUUAGGGAUUGGUGUUGACGAUGCCUUCAUAAUGCUGCAGUCAUGGGCGCAUUCAACCGAAAUAACGAAUAAGCGCGAACGGAUGUCUAAAGUGUUUGUCGAAAUUGGACCAUCAGUUAGUAUAACUUCAGUGACCAAUACAGUAGCUUUUGGGAUUGGUUACUUCAGUCCAGCUCCUCAAAUGAGCAUAUUUUGUUUGUGCACUUCGCUAGCAUGCAUUACCGACUAUAUCUUAACAUUCUCCCUGCUUGCACCAGUACUUGUGUGCUGCACUGGCACUUCAGAUGGAUUUCAGCAACCAUCUGAAAUAAGCAGAUCACCAGUCAAAAAGUCAGAAAAAGGCUUCAUUGAAUGGUAUUCCACGGUCUUAUGUGGUUUCAAAUGUAAAAUAUUCGCGGUAGUAGUUCUCAUAUUAAUGUACUCGUUCGCAACUUAUGGAGUCUUAGGCAUGAAAUCAACUUUUGAACCAGACAAAGCAUUUCCGUCUGAUUCUCCACUGAUGGCUUCCCUGAAAGGAAUCAAGACAAUAUUUACGGAAUUUUUUCCAUUGCAAGUCAUUAUCAGCAAACCGCCAAAUAUUUCUGAUGCUUACGAGUACAGAAAGUUUUAUGAAAUGGUGACCGAACUGGAGAAAGUGCCUCAGAGUUAUGGGCGUAAUCACACUUUGCUGUUCUUAAAAUCUUAUGAGGCAUUCGACAGAAAAACCUUUGAUUUUUACGAACUAUUUGGGCUUGCAGGCUCUACGGAAUUUGUUCCGUCUUAUAAAAACCUAGCUUUCUACCUGGAGGAAGUUAAAGUUAAAGCAGUUGUGCGUAUGGGAGUUGACGAGCAAGGUAAAUCAAGGCCAAUUGCUUUCCAAAUGACAGUCAUCAGUUACGACAUGGCGGAAUGGUCAAACCGAGCUAUCUACGUUGACAGAUGCCGUUCUGUAGUUGCCCGUUACCCAGAGUUUAAUGCUUCAGUACAUGACAGUGAAGCAUCAAUCUUAGAUCUGAUCUUAACAGUAAAGAAAGACUUGAUUGGGUCUGUUGCUGUAACUGUGUUGUGUAUGGCAAUAGUUUGCCUAUUCUUUGUUCCCAACCGAGGUGGCUUAUUAAUAAUAACUUUCACGAUCUCAUCAAUUUGUUACACCUUGAUUGGAGGAUUGUCUUGGUGGGGUGCUGACCUUGAUCCAGUAACGAUGGUUGAUGUCCUGAUAGCCACCGGGUUCAGCGUCGACUACACAGCCCAUAUCGCGUACAGAUAUUAUCGAGCGAAAGGGAAUGCACAAUCGAAACUGCAUGAAAGUUUCACGCAUAUGAGUGCUCCUAUGUUGCAAGCUGGCCUCUCAACUGUUUUGUGUAUGCUACCAGUGAUUUAUGUCCUCACUUAUGCAAUAUUAGCUUUGGCUAAAACGGUUUUUCUGGUUGUUCUCAUUGGACUGUUUCACGGGUUGUUCUUUCUGCCGGUGCUAUUGGCGACAUUUACCGGUACCCCUGAUAAUCCGCCAUUACCGCAAAAGGUCGCACUCUGUGAACAGCAGAAAACGGACGAAAGGCUGCUGCUUUAA